AUGAAAAGAACAUUAGCACUCAAAGAAUUGAAUCCAUGUUUAACAUGUUCGCUUUGUGAUGGUUAUUUAGUCAAUGCAACGACUGUGGUUGAAUGCCUUCAUACGUUCUGCAAGUCUUGUAUUGUUAAGCAUCUAGAAGAUAGCAAUAAUUGCCCAAAAUGCGAUAAUGUCGUCCAUCAAAGCCAUCCAUUACAAUAUAUCAGCUACGAUCGAACUAUGCAAGAUUUAGUUUAUAAAUUGGUUCCUGGAUUGCAAGAACGAGAAUUAGAGACAGAGCGAGAGUUCUAUGAAUCAAGAGGGUUAAGAUGGCCUAAAAAGCGAUUAAGCGAUUCUGAGAAUGAAAAUUCACCUGCCAAAAAGAAUAAAUCCGCUAAUUCAUAUUCUAAUGAUGCAUGCGAUUAUCAUCGAGCUGAUGAACAAAUUGCUAUUAUUCUGGAAUGCAAAAAAUCAAAUGGUUACAAUCUUGAUCAAUUGCAUCGAAAAUUUUUACUUUGUUCCGUGCAAGCAACAGUAAUGCAUUUAAAAAAGUUUGUAGCUAAAAAGUUACAAAUUAGCAAGCCUUACGAGUUGGAGAUUCUAUGCAAUGACGAAAUAUUAGGUAAAGAUCAUACAUUGAAAUUUAUAUGCCUAACAAGAUGGCGAAAUAAGGAGACUCCGCUAGUACUACAUUAUCAGCCUCGAGAAAAUUAUGAUGAUUAA